CUGAGACAGAACCUGCAGUACCCUUGGCCGAUUGUUGACUUCUUUUAAUGACAUUUACAGCUCAUUCAGAUUUUCAGUCUCUGCGAUCAACUUGAUUUUAAAGUUUUCUUGGUCCUGUGAAGCUGUUAGAAACCUCUGUAACAGAAAAUGCUCCCAGCAACCUUCAAACUGUGUGCCGGCAUCUCCUACCGGCAUAUGAGAAACAUGGCAGGCUUGAGAAAGAAUGCUAUCGUAGCCAUUUACCAUGAGCUGAGCAAAAUGGAAAGUCCUGGCCCCAGUAACUGGGUCAACCAAGUCCGCCGAAACUCCUUGCUCAGUUCUCGGAUUAAAGAGGAGCUGGGGUACAGCAAGGAAGAAAUGUCUUAUGUGAAGCAAGGUGAGAAUGCACUGCAGAAGGCCAUCAGCAUCCUCAGCGAGCAGGACAGCUGGAUCGUUGAAACAAUAGCUGCAAACGGAGACAAAGUCCUGAGUAAGGUGUUGCCUGACAUUGGGAAGGUGUUCAAGCUGGAAGUGAUGUUGGAUCAACAUCCUGACAAUAUUUACAAAGAGCUGGUGGGAAAUAUGGAGCAAAUGGGGGAGUGGAAUCCUAAUGUCAAACAGGUCAAGAUCCUUCAAAAGAUCGGCCAGGACACAAUGGUAACCCACGAGGUUUCCACAGAGACACCCGGCAAUGUAGUGGGACCAAGAGACUUUGUAAGCGUCCGCUGCAACAAACGCCGUGGCUCCACCUGCUUCCUUGCUGGAAUGUCCACUAAGCACCCAAAAAUGCCUGAGCAGAAGGGUGUAGUCAGAGGGGAGAAUGGUCCCACCUGUAUUGUUAUCAAGCCCUGUGCUGAGGAUCCCAGUAAGACCAAUUUCACCUGGCUACUAAGUAUAGAUCUAAAGGGCUGGAUCCCAAAGACAAUCAUAAACAAAGUGCUCUCUCAGACGCAGGUGGACUUUGCCAACCACCUCAGGCAACGCUUGGCUAAUGACGUUUGUAUGGACAUGGCUCCUGCCUGCUGACACAAGAUGCUCGAGCUUUGCACAGCAUGCUCCACUGUGCAGGCCAACCCCUGCUCAUAAAAAGCACAAAACAAAUAAACAAAAAACAUGAUUCUGUUAACUGCUGAAAAAAUGAAAAUCAGAGAGAUCAGAUGAAGAUUAUGUUAGGAAAAUCUGAGCACAAAUGUUUAAAUUGGGAAAUGUGUUUCUUUCUUGUCCCCAUUAAUAAAAAAUGUACUAUGGUAUAUUGUAGCUUUUAUACCAUUCUUAGACAUUGUGUUUCUUGAUAGGUUAUGACACAUUCGUUACUCUGCUCCAUCUUUGCAGACACACUGAGCCAAUGUGAGGAGUAAAACAUGUAACAAAUAGCCAGUGGUCCUACCUGUACAGGUUAUGAAGCCCUGUGCUGAAGAUCCCAGUAAGACCAAUUUCUGUCAGUGUUUCUUUGUGGUAACUCCCCUGUUAUUGUCACCCAGUCUGCUGUGAAAUUUCACUUUUAUUUCAAUGUGUUGUUUAUUAAUAUUGCACAGAUGGAUCAUAUUACAGUGGCUGCCAAGUGACUAAAUAAUUGGAAUGUCAUUGUUAUUUUAUGCUUUAUUGUGCUAUUGGAGAUACAAAGAGCAAUUUGGAA